UUCAGUUCAGCGAGGGCCAACACACUGGAAGCAGCUUCAGUUUGGCGUGUAGACCGGGGAGGACGCUGAGAAAUGCCCGGCUGCCUCGCUGGAGCUCAACUCUGAGCACUUUUGCUUUUGCGUUUUGGGCUUUUUUUUUUCCAUUGGAGGUGGAGAGGAACUCUACUCACAAAGUUUACUAAAGAAAGGAAAAAAAAAAGUGGCAGCUCUCAUACUUUAGCCCUCGCUAUGGAUUGUUUAUAUUUAUUGAUGUGCUUUUCACUUUGUCAAGUAUGUAUGGACCAAAUUCUGGCUGCGGAAUCAGAGGAAAAACUCUCUGGAAAGUUAAGUGAAUAUGGUCUUAUGGUGCCGUUCAGCACAGACUCCCACGGCCGGUACAUUUCUCACGUGGUUUCUGCUGGAAGUGGAAGUAAAAGUGAGGCUGCUGAUGAGAAUCUCUCAGCUCCUGGCAGCAGAAGAAGAACCGCCCGCAGUGCCCCCCAGACGCCCUCAGUCACCUCUACUACGGGUCAGCACUUGUUUUUCAAUGUCACCUUGUUUGGGAAAGAGCUCCACCUUCGCCUGAAGGCCAACAGGAGGCUGGUGGCACCAGGAGCUUUCGUGGAAUGGCAGGAGGACUUUGAGGAAAAGGCCAAGGAACGCAUCCAUCGGGACUGUGUCUUCACCGGCGAUGUGACCGACAUGCCAGAGGCCUCUGUGGCCAUCAGCAACUGUGAUGGACUGGCAGGCCUGAUCCGCACUGAUAAUGGCGAGUUUUUCAUUGAACCACUUGAGAAAGGCCAACAGGAUGUGGAAGUAAAGGGGCGAGUGCACGUGGUCUACCGCAGAUCGGCCAUCAAGCGGGAGACGGGCCAGCGGAAAGAGGACUUGCACAAUGAAGUGGCAGAUGUUGGCAUCGCAGACCUUCCUGCAGCUCUGGACUUGGUCGAACAUAAACUCUCUGAGUCCGAGCGCAAGAGGAGGCACGCGAAGAAAGACGACUACAACAUCGAGGUUCUGCUGGCUGUGGAUGACUCAGUGAUCCGUUUCCACGGCAAGGAGCACGUGCAGAAUUACGUUCUCACCCUAAUGAACAUUGUCGAUGAGAUCUACCAUGAUGAGUCUUUAGGAACCAAUAUCAACAUUGUGCUCGUCCGCAUGAUAAUGGUGGGGUACAGACAGUCUAUAAGCCUGAUUGAGCGUGGUAACCCCUCCCGCAGCCUAGAGCAGGUGUGCCGAUGGGCCAACACUCAGCAGCGCCGUGACCCUGAGCACGCCGAGUACCACGACCACGCCAUCUUCCUCACAAGGCAAGAUUUUGGUCCCGCAGGUAUGCAAGGUUACGCUCCAGUGACUGGCAUGUGUCACCCGCUGAGGAGCUGCACCUUGAAUCACGAAGACGGCUUCUCCUCUGCCUUCGUCGUUGCUCACGAAACUGGCCAUGUGCUGGGCAUGGAGCACGAUGGCCAGGGGAAUCGCUGCGCUGAUGAAACCAGUAUGGGCAGCAUCAUGGCCCCACUUGUCCAAGCAGCUUUCCAUCGCUACCAUUGGUCACGUUGCAGCAAACAGGAGCUCAACAGAUACAUUCACUCCUAUGAUUGCCUCCUGGAUGAUCCCUUUGAACACAAGUGGCCCAAGCUUCCUGAGCUUCCUGGAAUUAAUUAUUCAAUGGAUGAGCAGUGCCGCUUUGACUUUGGUGUUGGUUACAAAAUGUGCACAGCUUUUCGAACCUACGACCCUUGCAAGCAGCUGUGGUGCAGCCACCCUGACAACCAGUAUUUCUGUAAAACCAAAAAAGGCCCUCCAGUAGAUGGGACGGAGUGUGCACCUGGAAAGUGGUGCUUCAAGGGCCACUGCAUCUGGAAGUCCAGCCAGGAGCCGCAAGGGCAUGAUGGGAACUGGGGCUCCUGGUCAAAAUACGGGUCAUGUUCCAGGACGUGUGGCGGUGGAGUUCGUUCCCGCAGCAGGCAGUGCAAUGACCCCCCGCCUGCCUACGGCGGUCGAGACUGCCCAGGCUCUGCGUUUGACUACCAGAUGUGCAACACAGAGGAGUGUGCUGGCCACUACGAAGACUUCCGCGCUCAGCAGUGCGUCCAGCGGAGCAACAAAUACCACAACAACAUCAAGCACACCUGGCUGCCAUAUGAGCACCCAGAUGAGGCUCGUAAAUGCGAGCUAAGCUGUAAAUCAAAGGAAACCGGGGAGGUGGUGUUCAUGAACCAGGUGAUGCACGAUGGGACGAGGUGCAGCUACUCAGACCCCUUCAGCGUCUGCGCUCGAGGGGAGUGUCUGCACGUAGGCUGCGACAAGGAGGUUGGCUCUUACAAAGACGAGGAUAAAUGUGGAGUUUGUGAGGGGGACAACUCCCACUGUCGGACUGUGAAGCUAACACUGACUAAGACCCCCAAAAAGAAUGGAAUGCUUAAAAUGUUUGACAUCCCAAUGGGAGCCCGACACAUAAUCAUUGAAGAAAACAAUACCUCCCCCCAUAUUAUUGCUGUGAAGAAUCAAGUUACCGAGCACUUCAUAUUAAAUGAAAAAAGUGAGGAUGCUGAAUCGAAGACCUUCAUCGAAAAUGGUUUACAGUGGGAAUACUCUGUCGACGGAGGGAGGGAGACAUUAAAAACAACCGGUCCUCUGCACGAAGGCAUUGUGGUUCUGGUCAUUCCACUGGAAGAGGACGUCAAAAUCAGUUUGACUUAUAAGUACAUAAUACAUGAGGACCUCCUGCCACUUAUUACCAACAACAAUGUGCUUCUUGCCGAGCUGGACACAUAUGAGUGGGCGCUGAAAAGCUGGUCUCAGUGCUCCAAACCAUGUGGCGGAGGAAUACAGUACACAAAAUAUGGAUGCAGGAGGAAGAGUGACGGCCGUUUAGUCCACCGAAACUUUUGCGAAACCAGCAAAAAGCCUAAACCCAUCCGCAAACGCUGCAACGUGCAAGAGUGUAGUCAGCCCGCGUGGGUGGUGGAAGACUGGAGUCCCUGCAGUAAGACCUGUGGGAAGCUCGGCUACCAGACCAGGGCGGUGCAGUGCAUGCAGUCGCUCCACAAUGGCACCAGCAGGGCUGUCCACAGCAAACACUGCACAGGCGAUCGGCCAGAGAUGAGAAGAGUGUGUAACUACACUGCAUGUCCUGCUCAGUGGAGGACAGGGGCGUGGUCUCAGUGCUCAGUGACCUGUGGUGAAGGGAUUCAGCAAAGGCAGGUGGCUUGCAAGGCCAGCGACAGCGCCGUCACAGAGUGUGAGGGUGAGAAGCCAGAAACGGUCCUUAUCUGCAAACUGAGUCCAUGUUCAGAUAAUUCUACAAUGAUGGACGACGCAGUAUUCCAUGGUGCUUCUGAAAGCCCCUUCCAGAGACUUUCAUAUAAUGAGCCAUGUCUGGGGGAUAAAUCAAUUUUCUGUCAAAUGGAAGUUCUGGCUCGCUACUGUUCCAUCCCUGGUUACUAUAAGCUUUGCUGUGAGUCAUGCAACAAAAAGGAAAGCCACACUGCACACGUUCCUGACUCCAGCUCCAAGACUGAACCUGAGACCUCCACGCCCUCCCAUUCUGCCUCAGCCAAGGCUUCGUGGCUGGCAACCACCACUCCAAGCCUGCCACAAACCACUAAAGCCAUGAGACGACGGUUGUUCUCCACCAUCCCUGCGCCAACCACGGCCGCCGCUGCUAAGAUUCCUCCACCGACAGAUGCUGCUCUGUCUCCACAUCCCACCAUCGACUCCUUACCAAACAAAGAGAGGAGAGAUUCCCGCGCGGAUACUCGUCUACCUCCCGGGUCGCCGCGGCCCAAGCAAGACUCAAGUGGAGGUGUGUCGAAAGAGCACAAUCCGAUGAGCACUUUAGGCCCAGUUGCCGCCAGGUCAAGAAGGGACAAUUUAGGAUCAGAGAGGGACUCGAGUCACAGAACCCUGUUGGCUCAUCAUUGAACAGUGAGCAAUGCUGUGAGCAUUAGUGGGACUGAAUAGAAACGUCAGCUCACUUCUCGUCUGUUUUUUUUUUUUGUUUGUUUUUUAACAAUGUUUUUCUGUAUGCCAGUGAACCCUGACAAGCCCAGUGAUGGUUACCUCAUCAAAACCUCAGAGCAAAAUGUGUGAAGCAUCUGCACACACUCUGUUCUCUGUGCUUAAAAUAUGAAGCAGAAGAAGAAGAAAAAAAGAGUCAAAACACAGGUGCUGUAAACUAAUCAGACUACAGGACAUGUUCAAAAUGUGAUGACUGCAUAGCUACAUUCAUGUUUUAUACCUGUGUACAGUUGUGUUAGCCUGUUUUUUCAAGUGCAUUAGAACUACUAUUGAACUUGGAUUGUGAACAUGUUGGUGCAUGUGCCCACCAUAGCUUCAUUAGUGUAACACCAGAAUAAUUACUGACCCUUUACCAGAUAAAAAAAGAAGAGAAUUGUAAGUAUUAGAUCAUGAG